AUGAAUCUCAAGAUUAGAAUAUUCGCUCCUAGAGAUUCGGGCAAUGGUUCCUCUCCCGCCACGACAGAUACUAUCAGCUUCUCAGUCGCCGAUGAAACGGACACCUGUGAAGUCUCUCCUGCUCCAUCCGAAUUUCCGUCUUGUCGCUGGGAGAAAGAGGCCAUAAUCGAGAACCUAGGCGGUGAAUCGGAGAAAGGUUCCACUCAUCCUGACUUGCGCAAAUUAAUCCCUGCGUUCCUGGAAGAAGUGGUGAAAGGGCCAACGGCAGUAUUUGUCAGUGGGCCUGGCGAUAUGGUCAGUGAUGUACGGGGGUAUCGUGGCAUCGUGCAACACUGGUCCCAGGGUCUGGAGCGGACAGGAGAGGCCUCUCUCCGAUGUCAGCCUCGUUUGUGA